CUGAGCUGGCCGGAAGUGGCCGGGCGAACGGGUGCGCGAGCGCGCAUUGAGCCUGCGCCGGGGCCGCGCCGUAGGUGUUCUGUGCCGCGGCGUUGCGGCGAACGUCCCGAGUCCUUUGCUGUGCCGUCCAGCAGCCCGAAAGCCCCUUCUGACCUUUCUCCUAGUCCUCCUCCCGCCGCCUCAGCCAUUGUCCCACCCCUCCGCCGGGGUUUGCGCAGUGGCUUGCACACCCCUCGGCCCGUGUACGCGCUCUGCACCUGCAUUCCCGAAAACAUGUUGCAGAAACCCGAGAGCGGGGCUCUCCCCAUCCCUCAGGCCGAGGGGCAGGAUGGCGGCCGUGACGGUGAGACCCAGGCCCUGACCGCCUCUCAGGAGGAGGCCCCGAGUCCCCUCCUGCAGGAGAGCUCCAGGGAGGAUCUUGGCGCCGGGAGGGAGGAGGGGGCUGCGGAGCCCGCCCUCACCCCAAAAGGCGCGAGGACCUUGGCAGCCAAAGCUUUGGCCCGGCGCAGGGCCUACCGCCGUCUGGAUCGGGCGGUGGCCGAGCUGGUGCAGUUUCUGCUGGUGAAGGACAAGAAGAAGAGUCCCAUCACUCGCUCCGAGAUGGUGAAAUACGUUAUCGGAGACUUGAAGGAUCUGUUCCCUGAGAUCAUCGCAAGGGCCGCAGAACAUCUGCGGUAUGUCUUUGGUUUCGAGCUAAAACAGCUUGGCCGCAAGCACCACACUUACAUCCUGAUCAACAAACUAAAACCUCUGGAGGAGGAGGAGGAGGAGGAUCUGGGAGGAGAUGACCCCAGAUUGGGUCUCUUAAUAAUGAUCUUGGGCCUUAUCUACAUGAAAGGUAAUAGUGCCAGGGAGACACAGGUCUGGGAGAUGCUGCGUCGGUUGGGGAUGCGUCCGUCAAAGUAUCACUUCCUCUUUGGGUACCCGAAGAGGCUUAUUCUGGAAGAUUUCGUGCAGCAGCGAUACCUCAAUUACAGGCAGGUGCCUCACACCAAUCCGCCGGAAUGUGAAUUCUCUUGGGGUCCCCGGAGCAACCUGGAAAUCAGCAAGAUGAAAGUCCUGGGGUUCGUGGCCAAACUCCAUAAGAAAGAACCCCACCACUGGCCAGUGCAGUACCGUGAGGCCCUGGCAGACGAAGCCGACAGGGCCAGGGCCAAGGCCAGAGCUGAGGCCAGUAUGAGGGCUAGGGCUAGAGCCAAUCAAAGGGCUGGUAUCCACCCUUGGUGAGGGCCGGUGGAUAGGUGGCCAGCAGGGUCCUCCUGGUUAUGAAAGCUACUGUCUGAGUCAUAAGUAGUGUCGUUGGGUGUAGGCCAUUAAUUAGAAGUUGAAUUUGUGUAACUACGUUUUGUAUCUUGCUAUGUUUUGUUACAUUAU